UGUCAGCUGAUGGAGGUUAGGUUGACGCUCGUCCAUUGAGAAAAGAAAACGACUGUUUUAGAUUAGUGUAUCUAAAUUAUAUAUUUUGGUAGAAUAUAUCAACUAGAAGAAUGCCAUCUCUUUUAUUCUGCGGUCCGAAAAUGGCCGCCUGUGGAAUAGUGAUCAGCAUAUGGGGAGUCAUCAUGUUGGUGAUGUUGGGGAUCUUCUUCAGUGCAAAGUCUGCUGUGCUGAUUGAGGAUGUGCCCUUCACUGAGGAGGACAUCCGCAAUGAUAAGAACCCUCCGGGAACCAUCUAUGGACUCUACAACCAGGUGGGCAUCAACUGCUUCAUUGCAGCAGCCAUCUAUGUUGCAGUGGGGGCGGUGUCACUCUGCCAGGUCAGACUCAACAAGAGGCAGGAGUACAUGGUGACAUAAAUUCCCCUGAAGCAUCAGAAGAUUAUACACACACUAAUUUAAGUUCUCAAGGGAAGCAACCUUAUAAAAAGCUAUUUGUAUAGUAAAACAUUGAACAUAAGUCCUUUCUGUUAUGCUAUUGAUUGAAAUGUUAUCAUUCUUUGUAUUUGCAUACAACUAUUUAUUGAAUUGACCUAAACUGUAACCCAUCAAUGCUAACUGACAAUAUUGAUAAUGAUCAAUAAAAAUGUAAGUCUUGUUCCGCUCAUGGACCAAACAUUACAUUCAUGCUAGAUAACUGACCACAAAUUCCUAGAUGCAACUCAACAGACCACUACAGUUACGGAAAUAUGUAAUUAUCUCCUCUUUCAGCCUGAAUUGACAGCAAAUUGAUAGAUGGUCAGUGUCUGUCAGGCAAAUCAAGAGAUAUGUCAAAAAUGGCUAAAUAUAUUUUGUGUUUAUUUAUGUGCUGUUGUGAAUUGUAUGCUGUAAAAAUAUAGGGUCUGGAUUCAGUCCAUAUCGCGGAAGAUUCAUGUUAAAAUGUAAAGGUAAUUUCCGAUUGAGCCGACAUGCAGCGUCAGAGAUACUUUUGAGGAGAUGGGAAACUCCAUUUGAAUCGUAUUAACGGCCAUUGUAUACGUUGCCCAUGCGUCGUCAAUGGGCCGUGCAGUGCAUUCUGGGCAAUUUUGGCACAAUAGGCCCUAUUCUCCAGGAUGUGAAUGGGAGUCAAUUGGGUGCUAGCGCAUCCCAAAAUUAGCAUAAAUGUUGUGAACAAGAAGUACAACAUUACACAUCUUUUCAGAGAUGUGAGAUAAUUAACUUGUUCUAGGCUCCCGAGUGGCACAGCGGUCUAAGGCACUGUAUCUCA